AGCCGCGAGUUGGUGGCGAUGCCGCUCGGCUCCCCGGGAUAUCUGGGGCCGCUCCCCCCCGGGGCGACGAGUCUGUGCAGUUCAGUAGAUGCCAGAGCUCGUCGCUCGGGAAGCGAGCUCGCCCGCGGCUAGGACACGUCGGAGAUUUGAAUUGGACUCCGGUAUCUGCUGCUUCUGUGUAAUUUCUGGCUGGACAUGUCGCCCGCGCCAGCUGCCACCGCGGCUCCUGCCUCAGUCUCCCUGUUUGACCUCAACGCCGAGGCUAUGAUCCUUCAGGGCCUGAGCCUGAUGAGCCACGCGCCCGGGGAUGCGCUGGCCCAGCGUCAGCGUACUCAUGUCCAGGUUGAGGGGAGAGAGCAAGUCCUGAAAGAAAAUGACUCAUCCCAGGACCCUCCCGAUAACUCAGAGAAGUUAUAUUGUUCCACCUGUAACCAGACCUUCCCGAAUCACCAGGAGCAGAGAGAACAUUAUAAGCUUGACUGGCAUCGGUUUAACUUAAAGCAACGUCUUAGGGACAAGCCUAUGGUGUCUGCCCAGGACUUUGAAAAGCAGAGCUCUGCAGGGGAUCUUUCCAGCAUCUCGGGAUCAGAAGACUCAGACUCAGACAGUGAGGAGGACAUGCAGAUACUGGAUGAGGAGAAAGCUGAAUUUGAGAAGAAGCCCAGCCGACCAUGGGGCUUCCACCCGCAUCGAGUUCUCUUUCAAAAUGCCCAGGGCCAGUUCCUCUCUGCCUACCGCUGUGUCCUAGGCCCCCGCCAGGUGCCCCCAGCAGACACAGAACCGUUGCUCCAGAACCUGCUCAGUGGAGGUCCCAGAUCCUGUGUGAUGCUCAUGGCAGCAGCGGGGCACUUUGCUGGUGCCGUUUUCCAAGGAAGCGAAGUGGUGGCACACAAAACCUUCCACCGCUACACAGUGCGGGCCAAGCAGGGCACAGCCCAGGGGGUUCGGGAUGCCCGGGGUGGGGCUUCUCGCUCUGCCGGAGCCAGCCUGAGGCACUACAAUGAAGCCACACUGUACAAGGAGGUGCGUGAGCUGCUGACAGGGCCAGGCUGGGCUAAGGCGCUGGCGACAGCUGGGACAAUUCUGCUACGGGCCCCCCGCUCUGGCCGAUCCUUAUUCUUCGGAGGCCGUGGGCCACCCCUGCAACGGGGGGAUCCUCGACUUUGGGAUAUCCCUCUGGCCACCCGCAGACCCACUUUCCAAGAACUGCAGCGUGUGCUGUAUAAGCUGACCACUCUGCAUGUCCACGGGGAGGACCCCCGGGAAGCGGCCCGAUGGGAUUCACUUCAAACGCAACGGAAGCCCACGAAAGGGGAGAGGAAGAAGGUUCUUGAAGAAGAAAGAAGAAAGGCCCACAGGGAGGAAAACGCACAGGGGCACAAGACAGACUCCCCCGAGCAAGGGUCAGGGGCCGAGGAAGAGGACAGCUUCCAGGUAGAGCUGGAACUAGCGGAGGUGACGCUGGGGACCCUGGAUCUUCGUGAGUUUGAAGUGUUACCCAAGCGGAACCGGAAAAAAAAGAAGAAAAAGGAGAGAAGCCGGGACCUGGAGGCUACUGCCCCUCAGACUCUCCCCCGGCAACCUCAAGAAGCCAUGGCAGAUCCGGCCUCUGAAGGGCCUUCACUGGCGGAGGCCACGGCCCCUGGUCAGCCCGAGCUCUGGGGUGUGCUGCUCGCUGCCUGCCGGGCCGGAGAUGUUGGACAGCUGGAGCUCCACCUAGCUGCCAGCCCCCAGGACCCUGGAGUUGUGGCUCUACUCAGUGCCCCCUUGGGCACGGAUGGCUCUACACUCCUGCAUGCAGCUGCUGCAGCCGGAAGAGGUUCAGUGGUUCGCCUGCUGCUGGAGGCAGGUGCUGACCCCACUGUGCAGGACUUACGGACCCGGCCACCAUACACAGUUGCAGCUGACAAAUCAGCACGCAAUGAGUUCCGAAGGUUCAUGGAGAAGAAUCCCGAUGCCCACGAUUACCACAAGGCUCAGGUGCCAGGGCCACUGACAUCCGAGAUGGAGGCACGGCAGGCCACCCGGAAAAGGGCUCAGCAGGCAGCCCGGCGGCUCCGGGACCAACAGCAGCGGAAGCAGCGGGAGCAGGAGAAACAGGAGCAGGAAGAGCAGCAGAGGUUUGCUGCCCUCAGCGACCGAGAGAAGAGAGCCCUUGCUGCAGAGCGCCGACUAGCUGCCCAGUUGGGAGCCCCUAGCUCUCAGCCCCCCGGCCCUGUGGUCAUCGAUGCCCGACGCUGCUGGAGUUGUGGGGCCUCCCUCCAAGGCCUGAUUCCCUUUCACUACCUUGACUUCUCUUUCUGCUCCACACGCUGCCUCCAGGAGCAUCGCUUGCGGGCUGGGAAACAUGCUUCCUGAUCUCUCACAGUGCCUCCUGGGCCCUCCUCUAGGCCCCCGCCAAGCUGCAUUCACACCAGCUCUAGGUUUCUUCUUCCCCACAAGGCCAGAGAGGGUUGGGAAGUAUAGGGGGAGGGAGACUCGGGAACCAGGGCAAAGACGGGGCCACAGAGGUGUGUGGAGCUGGUACUGUCUCGGGAACUUUAAUCACAAUAAAGUUUGGCAAGGAAACUGCA